GUUGGUACGUCAAUCGGCCCUGUUGGGCCAAUAUGAACUGCAAAAGUAUCGUACUCGUAUAGGUGCAUCACAAAUUUCCUCAGCGUGAGAAAUAAAAUUUGUAGUGCUGAUUUACAUUAAGAAAAAGAUUUGUAAUGCAUGAUUGCAAUACGAGUACGAUACUUUUGCACAGGAUAGCCAAGUGUUCGAAUGUCGAUUGUCAUGUACGCAUUGCAAAUAUGUCUGGGUGUGGAACCCCCCUGCAGCGUUUGUCAUGCAGGUCUAGCAUGACGCAGACGGCCUGAAAUGCGAGCUGCAGCAUCACAACUUGUUGUCAUGCGGCUGUCUAAUACCAAUCCCAAUACUGCAUGAGAUGAAAUUCCGCCUUCGCGUGGCCAAAAGUGGGUGCGUCAUGCUGUGCCCGCAAUACAGAGGUUCGCGUCUACUUCCAGACCUAGUAUCACAAACUCGUUUUCUUCCAGACCCGGACAUGACAUUUGCAGAUGCAUAUCAUGCGACACACAACAUUAACAACCCAAGUGGCCCGUGGUACUUUACCCGACUACAGGAUGGCGACGACAUCAAAACGGCGUACACUUCGAGUGAUUUUGUUCCCUUAUCCUGUGCAAAAGUAUCGUACUCGUAGUAAUUGCAAGCAUGCAAUACAAAUCUCUCUCUUAAGGCGAAUUAGCAUUACAAAUUUCAACAUUUUUCAUGCUGAGGAAAUUUGUAAUGCAUUUAUACGAGUAAGUACGAUACUUUUGCAAUGCAUAUCCCUGGUGUAACGGCAAGCAAGACUCCGAAACCAACU